AUGUUUUUCAUUGCUGAACUUGAUCGGAAAGACAAAAUCACCAAUCAAAAUCAAGAAGAUAUUGAAGUGUUGAAGAAGGAACUGACUGAAAGUAAGAAAGAAAUAUUAUAUUUGAAUGAGAAGAUUAAAGAAAAUGGUGUGAAGAAGAAAGUACCAAAAGAAUGUUCAUCUUCAAGAAGCCCUAUUUUUCACACUGAUGAACAUCACAUCCGUUCUUGCACCAACAAGCUUCACGCUGAGAAAUCACAAGCUGUUCACACUGACAAGCUUCAACCUGAGAAAGUUUGCACUACCAAGAAGUAUCGCAUUGUUAAGACCUUACACACUGACAAAUCAGUUCACACUGAUAAGUUUGAUCAAGCUGACUAG